GCCUACAAGUAAGUGAGCUUGCUAUUCUCCCAUGUGGGACUGCAUAGAAGCCAAAAAGAUGACAACAAGGUUGCAUGCCUUUCUCACAGAGACUCAAGAAAUCAGCUUGCUGUGACCAUAAGCAAAUCACACCAAGUUCUACAACAUGGGAAGCGGAGUCAGCUCUGAGUCUAAGGAAUCAGCCAAAAGGUCAAGGGAACUUGAAAAAAAGCUCCAAGAAGAUGCUGUGAAAGAUGCCAGGACAGUCAAGUUGCUCUUACUAGGUGCUGGAGAAUCAGGGAAAAGCACAAUUGUGAAACAAAUGAAGAUCAUUCACAAAGAUGGCUACACAGAGCAGGAGUGCCAAGAGUAUAGAUCUGUGGUUUACAGCAACACCCUGCAGUCGAUGCUGGCGAUUGUAAAGGCAAUGUCCACCCUUGGGAUUGAAUAUGGAAAUGCACAAAGGAAAGAAGACAUAAAGCAGCUUUUUGCGAUGGCAGAUUCUAUGGAGGAUGGUACCAUGUCUCCAGAAAUGGCUGAAAUAAUCAAACAGUUAUGGAAGGAUCCCGGGAUCCAGGCCUGUUUUGAAAGGGCAUCAGAAUACCAGCUCAAUGACUCGGCUGCCUAUUAUCUCAAUGAUUUGGAUAGACUAACCAAACCUGGCUAUGUACCAAACGAGCAGGAUGUCCUUCGCUCACGAGUCAAGACAACGGGGAUUAUCGAGACUCAAUUUUCUUUCAAGGACUUACACUUCCGAAUGUUUGAUGUGGGAGGACAAAGAUCUGAGAGGAAGAAGUGGAUACACUGCUUUGAAGGUGUGACUUGCAUCAUCUUCUGUGCUGCUCUCAGUGCCUAUGACAUGGUCCUUGUGGAAGAUGAAGAAGUGAACAGAAUGCAUGAAAGCCUUCACUUGUUCAACAGCAUCUGCAAUCACAAGUAUUUUGCAACCACUUCUAUUGUGCUGUUUCUAAACAAGAAAGAUCUCUUCCAAGAGAAGAUAGCUAAAGUGCAUCUCAGUGUCUGUUUUCCAGAAUACAAUGGAUCAAACACCUUUGAAGAUGCAGGAAAUUACAUCAAAAACCAGUUCCUAAAUCUGAACAUAAGAAAAGACGAUAAGGAGGUAUAUGCUCACAUGACCUGUGCUACAGACACCCAGAAUGUUAAGUUUGUCUUUGAUGCUGUGACAGACAUCAUCAUCAAAGAAAAUCUGAAGGACUGUGGUCUCUUCUAGCUCUUUAUGUGUUUUCUCUUCCUGAUCUCCUUUUCAUGUGCAAAGAGUCUCUGAUUAAAAGGGGGGGAAAUGGGAAAUGGAAAUGAUAUUCUAUAAACCAGGAUUUCAGGGUGGCUAAUAAAUUUUAUAUCACAGUUUAAACUCUCCAAUUCAUUUUGCAUUCCUAAACAAGGUUACUUCCUUCCAAGUCUACUGGAGUCAAUGGGUUUAGAAGGGAGUAAUUGUUUAGGACAGCAUUGUUGAUAAAGUAACUACCACACAGGCUCUUAUUUCUUUCUCAUUCUAUUUCUGCAAUUUAAACUUGAAUAUAUGAAAGGGCAGGGCUGUGAAUCUUUCUGAGAUUGUCAAUGUACCCCAUCCUUUAACUACAAUUUCUUAUCUCUUCCCUCAGUUUGGAAAUUCUGUGCUUAACUUAAUUGCAAACAUUUUUAUUACCA